UCUGUUGAAGUUGAAGUCAGUAAUUCAGUAUAUUAUUAUUCACUUUUAAUGUUCAGUGGUGUAUUGUGAGUUGUGAGUCGUAGCGCGCUGGAUUGUAUUGCUUACUUCUUGGUUUGUGUCUGAGAUCCAAAAUCGGCCAACUGCUUUCUUACUUUACUGCUCCAGACUCCAGACUAGCAUCCUGUUUAUCAGGUCACAGUACGCUUUAAUAUGCGGAAGUGUUGUGUUGUUGGUUGCAAUGCCACCAACAAGACUCACCGCCUUUUUAAUUUCCCAAAAAACGAUAAAUUACGGGAAUUAUGGUUAUCUUUCUUGAUUCCUGUAAAUGCGAUGCUCAGUGGUCUUUCGAAGGACCAAUUGAUUAGCCGAUAUGUGUGUCAGAAGCAUUUCGAUAGAUAUCAGUUUGACGGUACGGGAAACCGUCUUCAGCAUGGUUAUCCCUCCUUGUUUACUUCUAUGGAAAUUCUUCAUGGUGUACCUUUGAGGUCGACAGCUGAUAAUGAUUUGAGUGAUCACAAUUAUGCCAAGCAACCAACUGUCUCGCAAAAUCCUACUGAUUUUACUUCUAAAGUAAAAAAUAAUGCAGUGAUGCCUUGUGCUGCUGCAUCGAGUUCACAAACAACAAGUAUUGUGGAAAUUGUUUCAAACAAGCUUACAUUUAAAAUAGAAAAUAACCCCGCAGCACUGACACCUUGUGCUGCUGCAUCGAUUUCGCAAACAACAAGUAUUGUGGAAAUUGUUUCAAACGAGCCUAUAUCUAAUGUAGACGGUGAACCCACAGGUAAACUAAAAGAGUGGAAUAGCUGGAUAAAACACAAUGUCUAGAAAAUCUAUCAACAAAUAUUAUUUAAACAAGAAGCGGUUGACAUUUUUAAGAUAUAGCACUCUUUCAAAAA